UGCAUACAAGCUUAUAUACGGUUAAUAAAUUAAUUAAUACAAAUAGUGUCCAAAACACAAUAAGUCUUCUUUCUCUGUCUCUGAUCUCUCUCCGGUAGGGUUUUGCCCACCUUUUUCACCAUUGUUGUUCGAUUUGAAAAGCAGCCAUGCCACGGUACUACUGUGAUUAUUGUGAUACUUACUUGACCCACGAUUCUCCGUCUGUUAGAAAGCAACAUAAUGCAGGUUACAAACAUAAGGCAAAUGUGAGAACAUAUUACCAGCAGUUUGAGGAGCAACAAACCCAAAGUUUAAUUGACCAAAGAAUAAAGGAGCAUCUUGGCCAAACUGCAGCAUUCCAGCAGGUUGGAGCUGCAUACAAUCAGCAUCUACUGGCACAGAGGCCCCGGCUUCCUGUUUUACCAACACCAGUAAUGCCCAUUGCCGGGAAUGGACAGUUACCUAUGAAUACGGCAUUAUUACCUGGGAUUAGGCCUCCAGUUUUGCCAAGACCAGUUCCUGGUGCUCCAGGUUACAUGCCUGGCCAAGUCAUGCAGCCAAUAAUGGCACCACCUGGUGCUCCUUCCAUACCUGGACAGGCAAAUGGCAUGCCAAGGCCUCCAAUGAUGAUGCCCCCGACGUCUGUUCCUGGAAGUACUGCAGUGCCUGCUCCUUCUAGUGGUACCCCUUCCAUUGUUCCACCUCCUAAUUAUCAACCAAAUCCAGCAGUACCCACAAGCGGAGGCUUUGAUAGCUUCAAUAAUGCCCCAGCUUCCGAGACUAAUCAUUAGUCGUCUCAAAUUGGUAUGCUUUGCUUCUGUAUCUUAAUGAAGAAAAGAGCUGAAAGCCACUUUGUAGUUAUUCUACUCAAAAUUUGUGACUAUUUUCUAGGAUAGUGAAAUCUAAACUUGAGUUUAGUUAUCUAAUGUGCAUCAAUAUGGUGCUAGAUCCAGAAUCGUUGUUUUACUAUCUUUGUUUUUGUAAACACAGUUGUUGAAAAAUUGUAUUGAAAAUCAGCUUUUGAAGGGCCUGCUAUUGCCCUGAAUUCAAUUUUUACAUCAUCUGCUAA